CAAUGAGCGCAGGGGGGCGGGGUUAGUUGAAGUAUCUGUGAGGAGCUGUCGAGCUUUUUCGUCAGGGGAAAAGGCAAAGGUGGAGCAGGGCGGCAAACGUCGACCAUUCCAGAGAACAGUGCGCUGCAGCGAGUGUUGCUAUGGACAAGACGACCGUCACGGACAGCACGACUCAAUGCGUCCAGAAUCUAACGGAGACGGAUGCUUUCAGGAGCGAGAAGCUUUUGGACCCCACCGAGGAGUACAGGAUGAACUACAAACGACGAGGCCAGGCGCUCAUUUUUAACCAGGAACGCUUCUUCUGGCGCCUUGGCAUGAACGACCGGCUUGGCACCAACUCUGACCGCUACAACCUGGAGAUCCGGCUGAAGGCGCUCAACUUCGAGGUGAAAGUUUACGACAAUUACAAAAAUGAGGAAGUCCUUGAGAUCAUCCAUAAAGCUGCCGAGGAAAACCACUCGGAUGCCGAUUGCUUCGUGCUCAUUUUCUUGAGCCACGGCGAGGACGAGCAUGUGUACACCUACGACGGAAAAAUCAGCAUCCAGCACAUUACGUCGCUCUUCAAAGGAGACAAGUGCCAAAGCCUAGUCGGGAAACCCAAGAUUUUUGUUUGGCAGGCAUGUCGUGGAGACAAGCACGACGAACCUGUGUUGGCCUGUGACGCUGUGGACAGCCACUUCCAGACCAACGAGGUGGUGGUCGACGCCAGCGCUGUUCACACGCUUCCGGCCGGAGCUGACUUCAUCAUGUGCUACUCGGUAGCAGAAGGGUACUACUCACAUCGGGAUACAGCGAACGGCUCGUGGUACAUUCAAGACCUGUGCGAACUGCUGAGGAAGUACGGAGACUCUCUGGAAUUCACCGAACUCCUGACGCUGGUCAACCGCAUCGUGUCCGAGAGGAGCGUCUUGGUUAGCAAGGACCGGGGGUCCAUCGGCAAGAAGCAGGUGCCGUGUUUUGCCUCCAUGCUCACCAAGAAGCUCUACUUCCGCCCUAAAAAGUAAACCUUCCGCCGUUUCUUGCGUCCAUCCUAAAUGACUUGACAAAUAAUAUCAGGAACUAUUCCAUAAUUCUCAGAGAUGUGCUUGUUUGUUUGAUGCUUCUUGGGUGAAUGUAAACAAACCAAAAGAGUAGUGACCAGAACGAAGAGGUGAGAGCAUAUAUCUCCAAUUCUAAAGUCCUUACGUUAGCUUGCGGUCAGUUUUGAAAUAGAUUUGAAAGUUCUGCUACUGGUCUCUAAAUCACUAAAUGGUUUACGAGCUAAAUACAUGAAAGAAAUGCUCACGGAAUAUAAACCCAGUAGAGCUCUGACAGCGACAGACUCAGGUCAAAUAAUGGAGCGCAGAGUCCAAGGUAAACGUGGUGAAGCAGCAUUUAUGCUAUUAUGCUGCAAAAAAAAAUUAAUAAGUUGCCAACAGAGGUGAUAUCAGCCCCUAGUGUGAAUGUUUUUAAAUCCAAGCUGAAAAUGUUUUUUUCCCUCAUGCUUUUUAGUGUAUUUUCACUUUUUAAUGAUAUUUCUUGCACUGGACGCUGUUUUUAAUGGUACUUUUUUCACAUUUUAAAUAUAUUUGUUGUUGCCAUUUUUAUCUUUUAAAAAAAAAAAAAAUUCCCGUUUUAAUUGUUUUAUUUCUUUGUACUCAGAUGCUUUUAAUCAUGUAAAGCACAUUAUGUACGAAAUGCGCUAAAUAAAUACAUUGGCUUGCUUGCUUUAACACACAA